GGUUACAGUUGUCUCGGACUGACAAGUUGCCAUUAGUUAUUGCGUCCCGUACGGGUUUCCAAAAAGGGUAACCAUCUGAACCGAAUUGGGUUCAAGCUCCCGGGAAAUUCGAACUGCGAAAUGACCAAUUAGCGGUCCGCAUCCCCUUGCCCAAUGACCUUCCACCCUCCAAAUGACAAAAACACCCUUUUCUUUUUCCUCCAAGGCGCCGUUGGAUCAUACACGCCACCACCGACAUACCAUGCGCUCUCCAUUCCACAUUUCCACUUAACAACGCGCGCACACGGGGAGAGAGAGAGAGAGAGAGAGAGAGAGAGAGAGAGAGAGGCCUGAGGUGACUGCAAGAAACCUGAUUCGAAUAUAGAUCUAGAUCCACCUCCGGCUAGCGCACCUGAGUGCCGGCUUCCCAUCCCUUGAUCUCAGUGUAAAGUCUAGUAGGCUUGCUAGUUUUUAUACAAAUAGUCAUGUCAAGAAGGCAAGUAAAUCCCACGCGGCGCUUUGUGGAUAGUGGAAGCAUUCCAUUUGUGGGAUCCUUACAGCCAAAAUCACGUUCAUCUCCCUUAUUAUCCAUUGGUCUUGUCAUUUUGGGUGCACUCCUUCUCAUCGGCUAUUCUUUUGGUGGCUCAGGUUUGUUUGGGGGUGACAAAGAAGCUGUUAACAAGGUUGAAGGCGAUUUUUCAUGCACAUUAGACAUUCAGAGAGCAAUACCUUUUCUAAAGAAAGCCUAUGGUGAUAACAUGCGAAAAGUUUUGCAUGUUGGCCCUGAUACUUGUUCUGUGGUCUCUACAUUGUUGAAAGAAGAGGAAACUGAGGCCUGGGGCGUGGAACCAUAUGACAUUGAGGAUGUUGAUGGAAACUGCAAAAGUCUGGUCCGCAAAGGCAUUGUACGUGUGGCUGAUAUUAAAUUUCCUCUUCCCUACAGGCCAAAGUCAUUUUCCCUUGUUGUUGUGUCAGAUGCAUUAGAUUACUUAUCUCCAAGGUACCUGAACAAAACUCUUCCAGAGUUGGCUAGGGUCUCCGCUGAUGGUCUUGUUAUUUUCACAGGUUAUCCAGGCCGACAGAGAGCUAAAGUUGCAGAGCUAUCAAAAUUUGGACGGCCUGCCAAAAUGCGAAGCUCAACUUGGUGGGUACGCUAUUUUGUUCAAACGGGCUUAGAAGAGAAUGAGGCUGCAAUAAAGAAAUUUGAACAGGCUGCAACCAGAAAGUCAUACAAACCGAGCUGCCAAGUUUUCCACCUCAGCUCAUACCGUUGAUAAAAUGCGAUUUACACAAUUAUACCGUGAUUUCUUCACCAUUUUUGAGUUACUCCUGUGGAACAAAGCCAGAAUAAUGCCCUGGUUAUUGUAAGAAUGCCAACUGGAAUUGACAUUGAUCAUUUAUAUUAUGUUUUGUACGUCAUAUUUUGUAGUUCAAUAUUUCAUUAAUUGAAAUUGACAAAUGAAUUGAGUUUUGCUA